AUGUCUGACUCUGACGCCGCCCCCGUCGCUGUUCGCUCCAACUCGUCCAGCGCCGUAUCAAGGCCGGCUGGCACGCAGGUCCGUCGCCGCGCUGGUAACACGGCUGCGAAACCCAACUCUACGCGCGCGGCAGGCGCAGGUGGCUCGAGCAACACCAUGCUCAAGCUCUACACGGACGACUCGCCCGGGUUGCGCGUCGACCCCUUCAUUGUGCUCGUUCUCUCCCUAUCUUUCAUCGCCUCCAUCUUCUUCCUGCAUAUCUCCGCAAAGAUCAUUCGUGCAUUUGCGAAGUAG